UAAAUGUUGAGUUCAAUUCAAUUUCAACCUUCAUUAAUAUAACAUAUAAUUAAGAUUUAACUAACAUCAUUGCAUAAAAUCGUCAAUCGUAUUUAUAUGCGAUGUAUAAAAUUUAACAUAAUUAUGUUAUACAUGACCAUACAUAUAAUAAAACACCAAAGAAAUGAGUAAAACUAAUGUUUGGGAGUACGAUGAAACAAAGGAGUUAUUAAAUGUAAUGGUAGAACAGAAUUCUCUUCAGUUGUUAAAUGAAAAAAAAAACACGCAUUCAGAAAUUUACAAAAACAUUGAAGCGGAGCUUAAGAAAAGGGGAUAUACAAACAAAAAUAACCAACAGAUAGAAAACCGAUGGAGAAAUUUAAAAAACAGGUAUAAUAUGGUGAAAAACAUGCAUAUCGAAAAUGGUAAUGAAAGGAGCGUAUGUCCUUUUUAUGAUGAGUUGAACCGAAUGCUAGAGCAAUCUAAGGCAUCAAUUAAAAAUGGGGUGUCUGAAGAUGAUAGCUGCAAUAAAGUUCAUACAAAGAGAAUGAGAGAAGAAUAUGAAAAAAUUGAAAAGCGAAUGCCUACUAAAAGAAACAUAUGGGAGUAUGAUGAAACAAAAGAACUUUUGAGCAUUAUGGUAGAACAAGAAUCUCUUAAACAUUUUAAUGGCAAACAUUACAAAAAUGCCGAAAUUUACAAAAAAAUUGAAGCGGAACUUAAAAGAAGAGGUUUCGCGAAUAAAAAUGAUAAACAAAUCGCAAAUCGAUGGAAAAAUAUGAAGAAAGAAUAUUGUAAAGUAAAAAGAAUGAAUAAAAAUAGUAAUGAGAUAAUUUUGUGUCCCUUUUUUGAGGAAAUAGACAGCAUGAUUAAUAACAGGAUACCUUCAAAUUCAACGACAGGCGAUACUAAAACAUCCAAAAAUAUAUUUAUCGAAGAAAAUGGUGAGGACCUAUUUUUAGAGGAGUCAUCGUCAGUAUCUAGCGAAGAAGAAGCUAUGUUUGAGCCAAAAUUUUCCAAAAAGGAGGAUUCUUCCACAAGUAAUACGACAAAAUGCAUUAAUGGCUUAAGAUUGAAAAAGAAGAUGUAUAAAUCAACUUACAGAACUAAAAAUAAAUUUUGCACGCGGAUAAAAAAGAAUCGGGAGCUUGCAAAACAAUUCUUCGAAGACCAAAAGAGGUUGAUUGAUUACGAAUUUAGUUUGUAUCUGAAGCAUGAAAAACAAUUGCAAAAGCAUUUGGAGGAAACCACAAAGAGGAUGUUGGAAGAAAACACGAAAAAUUUUUUGGAGGGUUUAAAAUCUUUGUUACAUAAAACUAGUGCUGAUUCUAAUAUCAACCUUCCUACUGAAGUUAGUUAUUGAUAGAUUUCUUCCAUUAUAAUGGGGACACACAUAAUAUUGGAAAACUAAUUAAAUCGAAAACGCUAGUGUGCAGGGGUGUGCAUAUUUAAUUUACGAUAGUAUGAAACUAUAAGCCGUUUGUAAGUUGCUUUUAUGUGUUAUUUAUGAAAUGUACACGUAUUUGCUAAGAAAAAAAGUUAGGAAAACUAAA